AUGGAACCGUCUUUCUCGCCGUCCGAUUUGUCUGCCUCUGCUCCCCCGGGGGGUUCCGCGUCUCCGCCUUCGGACGACAUUUUGGAGGUGAAUUUCCGGUGCAUCGAUGGGCGAACCUUCUCGCUCGAGUUGCCCACCGACAUCGACAUCGCCGACGUCAUCUCGCUCGUGGCAGACGAGGUAGACUGGCCGAGCAGCCGCGUGCGCCUCAUCUACCACGGACGCAGCCUGACGACAGGCACGACUCUCCAGAGCUGUGAUGUGAAGUCUGGGCACACGAUCCACGUCGUGCGCCAGCAGGCGCCUGCGCAGCCGGGGCCGGAGAACAGCCCGUCGAGCGCCGCUUCCUUGGGAGGCGAAGCGCACGCCUCGCAAGGCUCGAGCAGCUUAGGCGCCGGACUCCGCGCCGUCGUGGGCGGGGGUGUAACUGGUCCCCCUGGAGCCAGUGCAGGCGUUCUCGGUGCGGGCGCGCUUCCGGGCAUGGUGCACGGGACCGGGACAGCGGGAACCUCAGCGCCGACGCCCAUGUGGACGCCGAUCUCCUUGCCCGGCGGCGGCACGAUGAUGGUUGGCCACAUGCAGUUUCCUGCGCACAUGGCCGUGAACGUUGCGCCGCAGCAGAGUGCGUCUCAACGCGGUUCGGGGAGUGUACCGGCCAGCGGGCCAGUCGCCUCGUCGGAUUCGAGAGGUUCUCUGGACAGACAUGCAGCGGCGGGAGAUGACACAGGCGGAGUGCAGGCUGCCUCGGACGGGAGCGGUCGACGGGGCUCGGCUUUCUCGGCAAGCGGGACAACUCGACCGGGAGCGUCUCGGGCGCUGGCGCUUGGAGGCGAAGGCGUGAUGGAGGAGCGAGGCGGCGCGGCUUCCGGCGCCGCGCGGGACUCGCCCUUCGCGUCUCCUCUUCCCCACGCAGUUCCGCGUGGAUCAGGUUCUUUGUUUUCUGCCACGCUCCGCGGAGACGAAGCGUCUGGUGCAGAGGCGAGGCCUUCGGCGUCCUCAGGGACGCGAAGCAGCGCCCGCGUGGCGCGCGAAGACACCGCUGCGCCGGGUCUGGAUGAAAGGUCGCCGCAGCCAGCGUUGUACGGCGCACUCGCGGGAGCUCUCGAGAGCGCCGCGCACAGGCUUCUUCGUGCGGCGGACCAGGUUAGACGGGAAGCGCGGUCCCACGGCGUCGGCCUUCCUGCCGAGGAGUCAGCAUCGCCUCGCGCGUCGAGCCCAACUCCGGCGCCGAAUCGGCAGAGCAGCCGGCCUGAGGAGCAAGGAGCAGACUCGACCGUGUCUCCACGACCGACUGGCGAACGGGCGGAGGCCCAGGCGACGCCGAGAGGCCGCACGGGCGAGACGGAGACGGUCACGCGUCCAGCGCUCCAAACGCCUCUGCUUCAGUUAAAUCAACAACCAACCGUCAUUCUCCCGGGGGGACUCACCGCCCACGUUCUCCCUGUGGCGGUCCAUGUGUCCGUGGACCCGAGAAGCCGCAGCGAAGAGGGAAGCGACACUUCCGUCCUGGGGACUGCCCGGGGGAGCAGCGACGGCCAGACGCCCGAAGGCCUCGGGGGCCCAGCGAUCGUGGGAAUGGAGGCGGAGGGGAGGCCGAGCCGGUCCACUCGGCCUCGUGAGUUGAUGAUCACCCACGAGUUCGUUCAACGGCUGUUGCCUUGGCCAGAGCUGAGAGAGACUCUUGAGGUUAUUCAUCGAGAGCGCGGAUGGGCUCCUGGAGACCUGCCGCGCGUCUCCACGCAGACGGGCGCGCCGCCGCCUCUCAGUAUCUUCCUGCCUUCGUUCGUCUCUGCGUUGAAUCUCGUCGCUGCCAUGCUCCAGCAGUUCAUGGGGUGGCAGCAGGGCGUCGCACAGAUGUCUGUGCCGACCGUGGGUCGGAGUGCGCUGGCUCUGGCCCGUCUCUCGGCGACAACUGCCGGUCUCUCUGCGCUGCUGACGUCGAUUUUCAAUUCGAUGGCGCGCCACGUGGACCAGAACGAGCUCGCAGAAGCAAUGUCCUCGGAUGCUUCUCCGGUGGAAGUCGGCCAAGAACGCCGGAGUCCCGGACACCCCGCGCCUUCUCGGUCUGGGCAGUCGCCCGUCCCUUCGCUCGAGACAGCGCAGGGAAGACGGUCGUCUCCGUUCGUCCCCCCCGCGUACGCGUCGGGCCGAGAAGAUUCACGCACGUUGCUCGCCCCGCUUCAUGCCGGCGAAGCCUCUCGGGGCCACGGCAGCGGAGACAGAAGACGCAGAGAGAGCGAGAGCGAGGAGUCGGAGAGUAGGGGUCGCCGAAGGGUCGAGACGGGCACAGUUGGCGGGCUGGGGCUGAGCGUCAUGUGCAUGCGUGACGGAGGCGAGAAGGAAGACAGGGAACGCGAAGAAGAUCUCGACGCCGGUUCCGCACGGCAGCAGCGGGCAGAAGAGGAGGCUGCAGCUUUCGCGGAAGGCUCUUCCCUGCCGGUCUCGCCGUCGAGCAGCCGCGCGUCGCCGCGGGCCUCUGCGCCUUCGGUCGUUUCUCUCACUUCCUCGAACGCAGCGACGGCGGGGAGUAGCAGCUCCAGCACUGAAGCGCGGGACGCCCUCCUUGCGGCGGUCACGGCGGCAGGAGCCUCCUUGAACUCGUUCGGCGCAUCUCCUCAGGGCGCGAGCAGCCUCGGUCAGUCGCCGACGAGCAACAGCCGAUCUGCGCAGCCCGGUCUCAUCGCGUUGGCCUCGGACCGCCGCAAAGACGACGGCGACAGCUUCCCGUCUUCUGCCUCUCUCUUCGCGGAGCCUGACGACCCCUCAUCUGGAGAAGGCCGGGAAGCCGCGGCGCACGGGCGCGAGGUAGGGCGGGACGCAGUCUCGGCUGGCAGGGAAGGCGUCGAAGACGAUUUAGGGCGGAGGGGCGUUCAGGGCCAGACACUGCCGGGAGGCCGAGACCGUCCCGCGGGUUCCUUACAAAACCUUCUCUUUUCUCUCGGCGGCGCUCAGACUUUGGAUGUUCGCCAGGGGACUCAAGAGACGCGCGGAGCCGGCGGAUUCGGUGUGCGCGGGGGGCCAGAAGGACGCGAUACCACGGAAGAGGACGAGGCGAUCGACGAGGAAGUCCGCACGCGACUCCAAAUGUGGACUGGGAAUGCCCAACAGUUUUCCAGAAACGUUCUCGCAUACGCCCGCCCGCAUCCCUUCAGUUCCGCAUACCGUUCAGGCGACGUCACGCAGAGCUCGUCAGUGCGGACUCCAGUUGGAGAAGCCGUCGAAAAUGUUCUUUCGCUCUCGUGGCAUCGGGCGCUGAACCGCGUGAACGUCGGCGACGAGCCGCGUCCACCAGCUUCUCUGGCGCCUGGGUACUUGGCUCUCCUGAUGCGCGAAGCGGCGACCUCUGCCCGCAACAACAACGACUUCGCGAUGCAGCAGGAGCGCUUCCCUCACAUUCGUUUGGCGCUUCAACUUCUGCAAGACGCCGAGCAGCCAGGAAUUUAA